AUGAUGGGACCCAUUGGCUUGAAAGGGCCUGGCGCAGCCGCUGCGCUCGCACGUCAGCGGAUGACCGCCAUGUCCCGGUCCUCUCGAUCUAUAUCUACCUUCCGGUCACAAAGCCUGCGCUUCCCUAGCCAGCGUGGCCAAUUGAAGUCAGCACUUUCCGGAAGUGCUGCCUGGCGCAUGGCACCCGCCGCUGCCGGACCGGCCGCCGUCCGAUUCAAUUCCACCUCCUCCAACCCAUUUCCCGAAGUUGAUUUAGAAGGCGCAGCGAAGGAUUUGGUUGACAUUCACGAUAUUACCACAAUCCCAGAGCGCAUUGGAUACCUGAAGGAGCUUGGUUUGGACUUCGGCUGGGGUUUCACAUCGACAAUGCAGUACUUUAUCGAACACAUCCACAUCUGGACCGGCAUGCCAUGGUGGGCUAGUAUCGUGACUGUCGGUAUCCUUACUCGUAUUGCGAUGCUGAAGCCAGUCAUUGGUGCGUCUGAGAAUGCAGCAAGAAUGGCCAACGCCAAGCCUAAGAUUGACCCGCUCCGCGAAAGAAUGAUCUCGGCCGGACGUGAAGGAAACCAGCAUGAUGCACAGGUUGCAAGGGCUGAGCUUCAAGAAAUCCACAAGCAAUAUGGCAUUAAGACUUGGAAGUCAUUCCUGCCCAUGUUGCAAAUCCCUCUCGGUUUCGGAUGUUUCCGAGUCGUGCGAGCAAUGACUUCGUUGCCAGUGCCGGCCCUGGCCACGGAAUCCGUGGGAUGGAUUAAGGAUCUGACAGUUGCUGAUACGACAUUUAUUCUGCCAAUGAUUGCUGCGGGCACACUGUGUCUAUCUUUAAGGAGAGGAGGUGAAACUGGCGCCAUGCCCAUGAUGCAAACCGAAGCCGGAAAGUACAUUGUCUAUGGUUUCCCUGUCAUGUCUUUUGUCUUCAUGGCAUUCAUGCCCAGUGCCCUUCAGCUUUACUUCGUUGCCACUGGUCUCCUCGGUUUGGGUCAAACUUAUUUGAUCAACUCGGAUGGGUUCCGCAAGUGGAUGCAUAUGUCGAUCGCCCGCAAAGCCCCCGCCGAGAAGAAGCAAUUUUCGGAACUCACCAAAAACACUCAGAGCAAGGGCCUUCGCCUUUUGCUGGAACGCAUCGAGCAAGAGAAAGCCGCACAGGAGAAAGCCCGUAGCGCCUCCCGUGUGCAGCCCCAACAAGAAGAUGCAUCCAUGGUCCCUGCGAAAAUCAGCCUUAUCGACCGCUUCUACAAGAAGUUCGGAAAGGCCGGCUCUAGCUUGUCCGACUCCAUCUCCUCCACUUUCAACACCCCAACCGCCGAACAGCGUCUCGCUGAAGAUCAAAAGAAGCGCGCAAAUGAAUACGAAGCACAGCGCAAAGACGAGGAUGAGCUCACACGCAGAGAGCGCAACGACGCCCGCCGACGGGAGCACAUGAGAACCAUGGAGAACCAAAGAAUCAAGGCCAGCCAGUCUCUGAAGAAUGCUCGCAGAUCCAACGGGCCCCGUUAA